AUGAUUGUUUUAUUUGUAACAGUAAUUAUUACUGUAACAGUGGUUUCUCCAGCGGACACGGCAAACAUCUUAGCCGUGUUCCCUCAUCAAGGAUUCAGUCAUCAUUUGGUUUACUUGCCAUAUGUCCAAGGACUCGCCAACCGAGGACACAACAUAACUUUUAUCAGUAACUAUCCGAUAGAACAUGCAAACAUAAAUAAUUUAUCAAUUAGAGGAUCAAUUCCUAUAACCAAUAACAAAGAAAACAUCAGCGAUUUCGAAAGCGUUUCAAUGAACGAAAUAAAAAGUUCUAUGUUGACUAUUUGGAGUUUUUAUGAACGCGGAAAAAUGUAUGAAGCCAUACUUACAGUAGACAGUGUGAAGACAUUAUUAAACAGUCCUUCUAAAUUUGAUUUACUCAUUACAGAACAUUUUAAUAACGAAUUGUUUUUGGGUUUUGCAUCAAAGUUCAACAUACCUUUUAUACUUCUGAGUAGUUGCAACUUAUUGCCAUGGAAUAAGCAGGUGAUCGGACAGCCAUAUUCGUUAGCCAAUAUACCUACAACAUUGACCAGCCUGGGCACAACAAUGAACUUUAAUGACAGAGUUAUAAAUAUAAUUUCUCAUGCAAUACAACUCUUUGGUUUUAAACUAUUGUGUCGGAUUAGAGACGAAGCAAUCAUUAAACGAAAUCUUGAGAUUGAAAUUUCACUGGACCAAUUAAUUUUGAACGCCAGUUUGAUUAUGGUUAACAUUCAUUUCACAAUGUUUAAAUCCAAACCAUUAGUACCAGCUGUUGUGGAAAUCGGUGGGAUACACAUAAUGCCAAUCAAACCUUUGCCUAUGGACAUCCAGAAAUAUAUUGACGAAGCUGAAAAUGGAGUAAUUUAUUUCUGCAUGGGCAGUUUAUUACGGGGCGAAUCUUUUGCGGCCGAAAAAAGACAGAUGUUCUUAAAUGUCUUCGAUAAAAUUCCACAACGAAUUCUGUGGAAAUGGGAAGGAGAAUUACCCGGAAAACCGUCAAAUGUAAUGAUUCGCAAAUGGAUGCCCCAACGAGAUAUUUUAGCCCAUCCUAAUGUUAAGCUAUUUAUAUCUCAUGGUGGCCUAUUGGGAACUACCGAAGCUGUGCAUGAGGGCGUUCCAAUUUUAUCAAUGCCACUUAGUGCUGAUCAAAUAACAAAUAUCAAAUCUGUUGUAAGCAAAGGAGCGGCGGAGAUGAUGAAUUACGGAGAUUUGAAUGAAAAAGAAAUUCUUAUAAAAAUAACAUCUAUGCUUACAAAUCCUAUAUACAAACAAAAGGCUAAAGAGUUAUCAGAAGCAUUUCGUGAUCGACCAAUGUCUCCUCUGGAAACUGCAGUGUAUUGGACAGAAUAUGUAAUCCGACAUAAAGGGGCGCCACAUCUUCGGUCUGCUGCCGUCGGUAUGCCAUGGUACCAAUACUAUUUAAUCGAUGUACUGGUUGUAGUUUUCUUAUGUAUAACGACAAUUUUUGUAUUACUCUACUGCUUAGUUUUCAAAGUUAUUUUAAGAUUGUUAAAUAGAAGAUCUAAAGAGAAACAAUCUUAGGUAAUAAUAAAGUGAAUAUGGCUUAUGCUUGAUAAAAAUA